GCUACCCUGACGAUGCUGCCCGCCCGCCUGGCGCUCGCCCUGGUCCUGGGCCUGUGGCUCGGGGCGCUGGCGGGGGGCCCCGGGCGCGGCUGCGGGCCCUGCGCACCCCCUUGUCAAUGCGGCCCGGCACCCGGCGCCGCCUGUCGCGUCAACUGCUCCGGCCGCGGACUGCGGACGCUCGGGCCCGCGCUGCGCAUCCCCGCGGACGCCACCAUACUAGACGUCUCCCACAAUCUGCUCCGGGCCCUGGACGUUGGGCUCCUGGCAAACCUCUCGGCGCUGACAGAGCUGGACAUAAGCAACAAUAAGAUUUCUACGUUAGAAGAAAGAACAUUUGCUAAUUUAUUUAAUUUAAGUGAAAUAAACCUGAGUGGGAACCCGUUGGAGUGUGACUGUGGUCUGGCGUGGCUGCCACGCUGGGCAGCGGAGCAGCGGGUCCAUAUCGUGCAGCCCGAAGCGGCCACGUGUGCAGGGCCUGGCCCCCUGGCUGGCCGGCCCCUCCUCCAGGUCCCCUUGUCUGAUGGCGGCUGUGGUGAGGAGUAUGUCGCCUGCCUCCCUGACAACAGCACAGGUGCUGUGACGCUGGUGGCCUUCUCAGCUGCCCAUGAGGUCCCGCUGGUGCCCGAGGCCUGCAGUGCCUUCUGCUUCUCGGCCGGUCAGGGCCUUGCGGCCCUCUCAGAGCAGGGCCACUGCCUGUGCGGGGUGGCCCAGCCCCCUAACACCUCCUCCGCUUGUCUGCCCUUCUGCUCUGGUCUCCCGCUGCCCCCUGCCCCUGCCUGCAGGGGCCCUACCCUCCUGCAGAAUGUCUUCCCUGCCUCCCCGGGGGCCACCCUGGUGGGGCCCCAUGGACCCCUGGCCUCUGGCCAGCCAGCGGCCUUCCAUGUCACUGCCUCGCUACCUGUCAGCUCCACACGCUGGGACUUCGGCGAUGGCUCCCCAGAGGUGGACCUCGCUGGUCCGGCUGCUACUCACCGUUAUGUGCUGCCCGGGCGCUACCCAGUGACAGUUGUGCUGGCCCUGGGGGCUGGCUCAGCCCGGCUGGGGAUGGAAGUGCAGGUGGAGGCGGCUCCGACGGGCCUGGAGCUCGUGUGUCCCGCCUCGGUGCACACUGGUGAGCCCCUCGAGCUCGGAGUCCGAAAUCGCGGCGGCUCAGGCCUGGCAGCCACCUACAGCAUUGUGGCGCUGGGCGAGGCGCCGGCCCAAGUGGUGCAUCCGCUGUGCCCCUCUGACACCGAGGUCUUCCCUGGUAACGGGCACUGCUACCGCCUGGUGGCAGAGAAGGUGGCUUGGCUGCAGGCGCAGGAGCAGUGCCGGGCCUGGGCCGGAGCCGCCCUGGCCAUGGUGGACAGUCCUGCCGUCCAGCACUUCCUGGUCUCCCGGGUCACCAGGAGCCUGGACGUAUGGAUUGGCUUCUCGGCUGUGGAGGGUGCUGAGGCGGGCCCGUCGCCUCGGGGCGAGGCCUUUAGCCUGGAGAGCUGCCAGAACUGGCUGCCGGGGGAGCCACACCCCGCCACGGCCGAGCGCUGUGUGCGGCUUGGGCCUGCCGGGCAGUGUAACACGGACCUGUGCUCAGCGUCGCACAGCUACGUCUGUGAGCUGCGGCCUGGAGGCGCUGUGUGGGACUCGGAGAACUUCCUCGUUGGGGCGCCAACUGGAGACCUGCAGGGACCCCUGAGCCCCCUGGCACAGCAGGAGGCCCUCUCAGCCCCUCUGGAGCCUGUGGAGGUGAUGGUGUUCCCUGGCCUGGGCCUGAGCCACAAAGCCUUCCUCACCGCUGCCGAAUUUGGGACCCAGGAGCUCAGCCGGCCCGCCCAGAUGCGGCUACAAGUGUACCGGCCCGUGAGAGGAGCAGGGGUCCCAGACAACAGCAGUGAGCCCGAGAGUAGGUCCUUGGAGAACAGGACUGAGUCAGCCCCUGCAUGCACGCCAGAGGGUCUCUGGUGCCCCAGAUCCAAUGUCUGCCUGCCGCUGGACACCCCCUGCCACCCUCGGACCUGUGCCAAUGGGUCUGCAUCAGAGCCGUGGGCCUCCUACACACUGUGGAGGGAGUUUCUCUUCUCUGUGCCUGCAGGUCCCCCUGCCCAGUACUCGGUCGCCUUCCAUGACCAGGAUGGUCCCCUGCUCCCUGGUGACCUCAUAAGCUUACAGCACGAUGCCGGCCCGGGCGCCUUCCUGCACUGCACCCCGGCACUUGGCCACGCUGGCCCCGAGGCCCCAUACCUUUCUACCAGUGUCUCAUCCUGGCUGGCCUGCCUGCCUGCUCAGCUGGAGGCUGGCUGGGCUGGCCAGGCCUGUGCCCUGCGGCUGCUCGCUGCCACAGAGCGACUCACGCCCCUGCUGGGCCUGACGCCCAACCCGGGGCUACGCCAGCCCGGGCACUAUGAAGUCUGGGCCUCGGUGAGCAACAGUGUGUCCAGGCGCAACGUGUCCUGCAGCUUUGACGUACUGUCUCCACUGGUCGGGUUGCAGGUUAUCUACCCCGUCCCCUAUGAUGGCCUCCUCUACGUGUCCACGAAUGGCUCGACCCUGGUGCUCCAGGUAGACUCCAGUGCCAAUGCCACAGCCAUGGUGUGCUGGCCUGGGGGCAACAUCAGUGCACCCUUCGAGGCCACCUGCCCGGAUUCGGUGGCUGCCCUCGUGUCCAGCUGCACCAGUGAGGCCAACGACACCCUGUUCUCUGUGCUGUCGCUGCCCGGGCUCAGCGAGGGCAAGCAUGCAAUGGAGGUCGUGGUGGAGAAUAGCGCCGGCCGGGCCAACCUCAGCCUGUGGGUGAAGGCGGAGGAGCCCAUCUGCGGCCUCCGAGCCAUGCCCAGCCCCGAGGCCCGCGUCCUGCAGGGCGUCCUGGUGAGGUACAGCCCCAUGGUGGAGGCCGGCUCGGACGUGGUCUUCCGCUGGACCAUUGAUGACAAACAGUCCUUGACAUUCCACAACGUGGUCUUCAAUGUCAUUUACCAGAGUGCCGCCAUCUUCAAGCUCUCGCUGACGGCCACCAACCAUGUGAGCAACGUCACCGUGAACUACAAUGUCACCGUGGAGCGGAUGCACAGGAUGCGGGGCCUGCGGGUGUCUGCAGAGCCACCUGUGCUGCCCCCCAAUGCCACGCUGGCGCUGGCGGCUGAGGUGCUGGUCGACUCGGCCGUGGAGGUGGCCUUUCUGUGGCUCUUCGGGGAUGGCGAGCAGGUGAUCAGCCAGUUCAAGCCUCCAUACGACGAGUCUUUCCAGGUCCCAGACCCCACAGUGGCCCAGGUGCUGGUGCAGCACACCACCACGCACACCUACGCCUCCCCAGGUGAGUACAACCUGACCCUGCUUGUGUCUAACGCCUUCGAGAACUUGACCCAGCUGGUACCUGUGAGUGUGCGCUCCUCUCUGCCUGCCGUGGCUGUGGCUGUGGGCAGCGCUGUCCUGGUGGCUGGCCAGCCCAUCACCUUCUCCCCACACCCGCUGCCCUCACCCGGGGGCGUCCUGUACACGUGGGACUUUGGGGAUGGUUCCCCUGCCAUGACACAGCACCAGCCAGUGGUCAACCACACGUACAUCUUGCGGGGCACAUACCACGUCCGACUGGAGGUCAACAACACGGUGAGCAGUGUGGUCGCGUGUGCUGAUGUCCACGUCUUCGAGGAGCUCCGUGGCCUGAACGUGAGCCUGAGCCCGGCAGUGGAGCAGGGUGCGCCCAUGGUGGUCAGCGCCACCCUGGAAUCGGGUGACAACGUCACAUGGACUUUUGACAUGGGUGAUGGCACGGUGCUCACGGGCCCUGAGCCCGCGGUGGAGCACGUGUAUCUGCGGGCGCAGAACUGCACUGUGACCGUGGGUGCGUCUAGCCCCGCUGGUCACCUGGCCCAGAGCCUGCCCGUGCAGGUCUUUGUCCUAGAGGUGCUGUGGAUCGACCCUGCAGCCUGCAUACCUGCACAGCCCCAGGCCCGGCUCACGGCCCACGUCACUGGGGACCCUGCCCACUACGUCUUCGACUGGACCUUCGGGGACGGCUCAUCCAACACAACCAUCUGGGGGGACCCGACGGUGAGGCACAACUUCACGAGGAGUGGUACGUUUCCCCUGGUGCUCGUCCUUUCGAGCCACGUGAACAAGGCGCAUUACUUCACCAGCGUGUGUGUGGAGCCUGAGGUGGGCAAUGUCACCCUGCUGCCCGAGAGGCAGUUUGUGCGGCUCGGAGACGAGGCCCGGCUCAAGGCCCUCGCCUGGCCCACAUUCCCCUACCACUACACCUGGGACUUUGGCACUGAGGACGCGCCCUGUAUUGGCGGCCCCGAGGCCACAUUCACCUACUGGGACGUGGGCUCCUACCUGGUGACAGUCGCCGUAUCCAACAACAUCUCAGCUGCCAAUGACUCGGCGCUUGUGGAGGUGCAGGAGCCCGUGGAGCUCGCGGGCAUCAGGAUCAAUGGGUCCCGUGUGCUGGAGCUGCAGCAACUCUACCUGUUCUCCACCGUGGGCCGCGGGCAUCCCGCCACCUACCUGUGGGAUCUGGGGGACGGCAGGCGGCUGGAGGGCCCUGCGGUUACCCACACCUACACCAGCACGGGCCACUUCACCAUCACGGUGGCCGGCUGGAACGAGGUGAGCCGUGGUGAGGCCCAGCUGAACGUCUCGGUCCAGCAGCGUGUGCGGGGGCUCGGCGUCAACGCCAGCCGCACGGUGGUGCCCCUGAAUGGCAGCGUGAGCUUCAGCACCUCGCUGGAGGCGGGAAGCGACGUGCGUUACUCUUGGGUGCUAUGCGACCGCUGCACGCCCAUCCCCGGAGGCCCCACCAUCUCCUACACCUUCCGUUCCGUGGGCACCUUCAACAUCAUCGUCACGGCCGAGAAUGAGGUGGGCGCCGCCCAGGAUAGUAUCUUUGUCUACGUCCUGCAGCGCAUCGAGGGGCUGCAGAUAGCUGGUGGCGGUGGUGGCUGCUGCUUCCCCACCAACCGGACGCUUCAGCUCCAGGCCGUGGUUAGAGACGGCACCAACAUCUCCUAUGGCUGGAUCGCCCAGCGGGAGGGCGGCCCGGCCCUGGUUGGCAGCGGCAAAACCUUCUCGCUCACUGUCCUCGAGGCUGGCACAUACCAUGUCCACCUGCGGGCUACCAACAUGCUGGGCAGUGCCAUGGCCAACCGCACCGUGGUCUUUGUGGAGCCCGUGGGGUGGCUGGCCGCCACCGCCUCCCCCAACCCAGCCACUGUCAACACGAGCGUCACCCUCUGUGUUGAGCUGGCUGGCGGCAGCAGCGUCGUUUAUACCUGGUCCCUGGAGGAAGGGCUGAGCUGGGAGACCCCGGAGCCGUCCACCACCCACACUUUUCCCAGCCCUGGCCUAUACCUGGUCACGGUCACAGCCAGGAACCAGCUGGGCUUGGCCAACACCACCGUCGAGGUGGUCGUGCAGGUGCCCGUGAGUGGCCUCAGCGUCAGGGCCGGCGAGCUGGAGGGCAGCUUCGUGGUGGCCGGCUCCACCGUUCCUUUCUGGGGGCAGUUGGCCUCGGGCACUGACGUGAGCUGGUGCUGGGCUGUUCCGGGUGGCAGCAGGUACGGCCAGCACAUCGCCGUGCUCUUCCCUGACGCCGGCACCUUCUCCGUUCAGCUCAACGCCUCCAACGCGGUCAGCUGGGUCGUAGCCACACACAACUUCACGGUGGAGGACCCUGUGGUGGGCCUGGUGCUGUGGGCCAGCAGCAAGGUGGCAGAGCCUGGGCAGCUGGUCCAUUUUCAGAUCCUGCUGGCCGCUGGCUCUGCUGUCAGCUUCCGCCUGCAGGUCGGCGGGGCAGGCUUUGAGGCACUCCCAGGGCCCCACUUUUCCCGCAGCUUCCCCCGGGUCGGGGAGCACAUGGUGAGUGUCCAGGCUGAGAACCAUGUGAGCCGGGCGCAGGCGCAGGCACGCAUCCUGGUGCUGGAGGCCGUGGGUGGGCUCCAGGUGCCCAACUGCUGCGAACCAGGCAUUGCCACGGGCACCGAGAGGAACUUCACGGCCCGGGUGCAGCGGGGGUCCCGCGUGGCCUAUGCGUGGUACUUCUCCUUACAGAAAGUCCAGGGGGACUCGCUGGUCAUCCUGUCCGGCCGCGACGUCACCUACACCCCCGUGGCUGCGGGGCUGCUGGAAAUCCACGUGCGUGCCUUUAACGAGCUGGGCGGUGUGAACCACACACUUGUGGUCGAGGUCCAGGAUGUCAUCCAGCACGUGGCUCUGAGAAGUGGCCGCUGCUUCACCAACCGCUCAGCCCGCUUCGAGGCCGUCACGAGUCCUAGCCCCCGGCGUGUGGCCUACCACUGGGACUUUGGGGACGGGGCCCCGGCAGAGGAUACAGACGAUCCCUGGGCCAACCACUCCUACCUGCAGCCCGGGGACUACCGCGUGGAGGUGAAUGCCUCCAACCUGGUGAGCUUCUUCGUGGCGCAGGCCACCGUCACUGUCCACGUGCUCGCCUGCAGGGAGCCCAGGGUGGAUGUGGCCCUGCCCCCGCAGGUGCUGAUGCGGCGCUCCCAGCGCAACUACCUGGAGGCGCACGUCGACCUACGUGAUUGUGUCACCUACCAGACCGAGUACCGCUGGGAGGUGUACCGCGCCACCAGCUGCCAGCGGCCUGGGCGUAUGGCCCGUGUGGCCCUGCCCGGUGUGGACAUGAGCCGGCCCCAGCUGGUGGUGCCUCGCCUGGUGCUGCCUGUGGGCCACUACUGCUUUGUGUUCGUGGUGUCGUUUGGGGACACACCACUGGCCCAGAGUAUCCAGGCCAACGUGACAGUGGCCCCUGAGCGCCUGAUGCCCAUUGUCGAGGGAGGCUCGUAUCGCGUGUGGUCAGACACACAGGACCUGGUCCUGGACGGGAGCAAGUCCUACGACCCCAACCUGGAGGAUGGCGACCAGACCCCGCUCAGCUUCCACUGGGCCUGCGUAGCCUCGACGCAGAGUGAGACCGGCGGGUGUGCGCUGAACUUUGGGCCCCGUGGAAACAGCGUGGUCACCAUCCCACGGGAGCGUCUACAUGCUGGCGUGGAGUACACCUUCAACCUGACUGUGUGGAAAGCUGGACGGAAGGAGGAGUCCACCAACCAGACGGUGCUGAUCCGGAGUGGCCAGGUGCCCAUAGUGUCCUUGGAGUGCGUGUCCUGCAAGGCGCAGGCAGUGUAUGCAGUGAGCCGCAGCUCCUAUGUGUAUCUGGAGGGCCGCUGUGACAACUGCAGUGGGGGUUCCAAGCGAGGGCGCUGGGCAGCGAGCACCUUCAGCAACGAGACACUGGUGCUGGAUGAGAGGACCACCUCCACGGGCAGUUCAGGCAUGCGGCUGGUGGUGCGGCGCGGCGUGCUGCGGGACGGCGAGGGCUACACCUUCACGCUCACCGUGCUGGGCCUGUCUGGCGAGGAGGAGGGCUGCGCUUCCAUCCGCCUCUCCCCCAACCGCCCUCCCCUGGGGGGCUCCUGCCGCCUCUUCCCGCUGGAUUCUGUGCGCGCUCUCACCACCAAGGUGCACUUCGAGUGUGCGGGUUGGCAGGAUGCGGAGGACGCCAAUGCCCCGCUGGUGUACGCCCUGCUGCUGCGGCGCUGUCGCCAGGGCCACUGCGAGGAGUUCUGUGUCUACAAGGGCAGCCUCUCCACCUAUGGAGCUGUGCUGCCGCCCGGCUUUGCACCCCACUUCGAGGUGGGCUUGGCCGUCGUGGUGCAAGACCAGCUCGGUGCUGCCGUGGUUGCCCUCAACAGGUCUUUGGCCAUCACCCUGCCAGAGCCCCCGGGAGACCCCCUGAGCGGCCCCCCAGACCUCACCCCCUGGCUGCACAGCCUCACGGAGAGCAUGCUGCCCAGGCUGCUGAGACAGGCCGACCCCCAGCACGUCAUUGAGUACUCACUGGCCCUGAUCACUGUGCUCAACGAGUACGAGCAGGCCCUGGCCGUGGUGGCUGAGCCAGACUCCAGGUGGCAGCUGCGAGCCCAGAUACGCAAGAAUGUCACAGAGACGCUGGUCUCCCUGAGGGUCAACACCGUGGACGACAUCCAGCAGAUCGCAGCGGUGCUGGCACAGUGCACGGUGUUCAGCAAGGAGCCCGUGUGCCGCUCGUGCCUGAAGAAGACACUGCACAAGCUGGAGGCCAUGAUGCGCGUCCUGCAGGCUGAGACGGCCGCAGGCACCGGCACGCCCACCGCCAUCGCGGACAGCAUUCUCAAUAUCACAGGCGACCUCAUCCACCAGGCGAGCUCAGACGUGCAGGCCCCGCAGCCCUCAGAGCUGGGGGCUGAGCCGCCCUCCCUGAUGGUGGCCUCCAGGGCCUACCACCUGUCGUCGGCCCUCAUGUGCAUCCUCAUGCGCUCCCGAGUGCUCAACGAGGAGCCCCUGACCCUGGCGGGGGAGGAGAUUGUGGCGCAGGGCAAGCGCUCAGACCCCCUGAGCCUGCUGUGCCAGGGCAACGCCUCGGGCCCCGGCUGCCACUUCUCCAUCCCCACCGCCUUCAGUGGCGCCCUGUCCAACCUCAGCGAUGUGGUACAGCUCAUUUUCCUCGUCGACUCCAACCCCUUUCCCUUCGGCUACAUCAGCAACUACACCGUGUCCACCAAGGUGGCGUCCAUGGCCUUCCAGACGCAGGCUGGCACCCACAUCCCGAUCGGGCGGCUGGCUUCGGAGCGUGCCAUCACUGUGAAGGUGCCCAAUAGCUCCGACCAGGCUGCUCAGGGCCACCGCAUCCCUGCUGGCUCCGCCAUCGUCCCGCCCCGGGCCUCGGUCAGUGCUGUGGUCGCCCCUGAGCACAGCAACCCUGAGGCCGGGCUGCACCUGCAGCUCACCUACACGGUGCUGAAUGAGCACUACCUGUCCGAGGAGCCUGAGCCUUACCUGGCCGUCUACCUGCACUUGGCACCUUGGCCCAACGAACACAACUGUUCGGCCAGCAGGAGGAUCAGCCUGGAGGCGCUGGCAGGCGAGGACCACAGGCCCUACACCUUCUUCAUUGCCCCGGGGACCAGAGACCUGGGUGGGAGUUACUACCUGAACCUGACCAGCCACUUCCACUGGUCAGCACUGGAAGUGUCUGUGGGCCUGUACACGUCCCUGUGCCAGUACUUCAGCGAGAAGGACAUGAUGUGGAAGACCGAGGGGCUCGUGCCCCUGGAGGAGACCUCGCCCAGCCAGGCCGUCUGCCUCACCCGCCACCUCACUGCCUUUGGAGCCAGCCUCUUCGUGCCCCCCAGCCAUGUGCAUUUCAUCUUCCCUGAGCCGGCCUUGGGCAUGAACUACAUCGUCCUGCUGACGUGUGCUGUGUGCCUGGUGACCUACGCAGUCAUGGCUGUGAUCCUGCGUAAGCUGGACCAGCUGGACGUCCGCCGGGUCCGUGUCAUCCCUUUCUGUGGGAAGGGAGGCCGCUUCAAGUACGAGAUCCUGGUCAAGACCGGCUGGGGCCGAGGCUCAGGUACCACAGCACACGUGGGCAUCAUGCUGUACGGGGCAGACAGCCGGAGCGGCCACCGGCACCUGGAUGGGGACCGAGCUUUCCAUCGCAACAGCCUGGACAUCUUCCAGGUUGCCACUCCUCACAGCCUGGGCAGCGUGUGGAAGAUUCGCGUGUGGCACGACAACAAAGGGCUCAGCCCCGCCUGGUUCCUGCAGCACGUCAUCGUCAGAGACCUGCAGACCGCGCGCAGCACCUUCUUCUUGGUCAACGACUGGCUGUCUGUGGAGACGGAGGCGAAUGGGGGCCUCGUGGAGAAGGAGGUGCUGGCAGCAAGUGAGGUGGCCCUUCGGCGGUUCCAGCGCCUCCUGGUGGCUGAGCUCCAGCGUGGCUUCUUUGACAAGCACAUCUGGCUCUCCAUAUGGGACCGGCCCCCUCGAAGCCGCUUCACGCGCGUCCAGCGGGCCACCUGCUGUGUCCUCCUCAUCUGCCUCUUCCUAGGUGCCAAUGCCGUGUGGUAUGGGGUCGUGGGAGACGCUGCCCACAGUGCGGGGCCCGUGUCCAGUCUGCUCCCGCUGAGUGCUGACACGAUCGCCGUGGGCCUCGUGUCCAGCGUGGUUGUCUACCCCAUCUACCUGGUCAUCCUGUUCCUCUUUCGGAUGUCCCGGAGCAAGGUGGCUGGGGGCCCAAGCCCCACCCCCGCAGGGCAGCACGUCCUGGACAUCGACAGCUACCUGGACUCGUCUGUGCUGGACAGCUCCUUCCUCACCUUCCCUGGGCUCCGAGCUGAGGCCUUUGCUGGACAGAUGAAAAAUGACUUAUUUCUGGAUGAUUCCAAAAGCCUGGUGUGCUGGCCGUCUAGCGAAGGCACGCUCAGUUGGCCAGACUUGCUCAGUGACCCCUCCAUCGUGGGCAGUACCCUGCAGCGGCUGGCGCGGGGCCGGAUGAGCCGCACGCUGGGCCCAGAGGAAGAUGGACUCUCCCUGGUCAGCCCCGCCUCACCAGCCAAGUACUUCUCAGCGUCAGAUGAAGACCUAAUCCGGCAGGUCCUGGCUGAAGGGGCCAGCAGCCUGGCCCCUACCCAGGACACACAAGUGGAAACAGACCUGCUCACUGGCCUGUCCAGCGCUCCUGGGGAGAGGACCGACACGCUGGCGCUGCAGAGGCUGGGGGAGAGGGGGCUGCCCAGCCCGGGCCUGACCUGGGAGCAGCCCCAGUCAGCCAAGCUCUCCAGGACAGGGCUGGUGGAGGGUCUGCGAAAGCGACUGCUGCCAGCCUGGUGUGCACUGCUGGCCCACGGGCUCAGCCUGCUGCUGGUGGCUGUGGCCGUGGGGGUGUCAGGGUGGGUCGGCGCCAGCUUCCCCCCUGGUGUGAGUGUCAUGUGGCUCCUGUCAAGUAGCUCCAGCUUCCUGGCCUCGUUCCUUGGCUGGGAGCCGCUCAAGGUCCUGCUGGAAGCCCUCUACUUCUCGCUGGUGGCCAAGCGGCUGCACCCCGAUGAGGAUGACACUCUGGUCGAGAGCCCGGCCGUGACACCUGUGAGUGAGCGAGUGCCCCGCGUGCGGCCCCCUCAUGGCUUCGCGCUCUUUCUGGCGAAGGAGGAAGCCCGAAAGGUCAAGAGGCUGCACAGGAUGCUGAGGAGCCUCCUGGUGUACAUGCUUUUCCUGCUGGUGACGCUGCUGGCCAACUAUGGGGACGCCUCGUGCCACAGCCACGCCUACCGUCUGCAAAGUGCCAUCAGGCAGGAACUAGACAGCCGGGCCUUCCUGGCCAUCACCCGGUCUGAUGAGUUCUGGCCAUGGAUGUCCCACGUGCUGCUGCCCUUCGUCCACGGGAAUCAGUCGAGCCCAGAGCUGGGGCCCACAAGGUUGCGGCAGGUGCGGCUGCAGGAAGCACUGUGCCCAGACCCUCCUGGCACUGGGGCGCACACGUGUUCAGCAGCAGCAGGCAGCUUCAGCACCAGCGACUAUGGCAUUGGCUGGGGCAGUGCUGCCCACAACGGCUCGGAGACCUGGGCCUACUCGGCGCCAGACCUGCUGGGUGUCUGGUACUGGGGCUACUGUGCCGUGUACGACAGCGGCGGCUACGUGCAGGAGCUGGGGCUGAGCCUCGAGGAGAGCCGCGCCCAGCUGGGUUUCCUCCAGCUGCACAACUGGAUCGACAACAGAAGCCGUGCCGUGUUUGUGGAGCUCACGCGCUACAGCCCGGCCGUGGGGCUGCACGCCGCUGUCACACUGCGCCUCGAGUUCCCUGUUGCCGGACAGGCCGUGGCGGCCCUCAGCGUCCGCCCAUUCGCGCUGCGGCGCUUGAGCGCAGGCCUCUCGCUGCAGCUGCUCACCACGGUGAGCCUGCUGCUGUUCGCGCUCUACUUCUCCUUGGCAGAGGCGCGUGCCUGGCGCAGGGAGGGGCGUUUGCGCAAGGCACGGCCCGGGGCCUGGGCGAGGUGGCUGCUGGUGGCACUGACGGCGGCCGCCGCGCUCGUGCGCCUGGCCCAGCUGGGAGCCGCUGACCGCCAGUGGACGCGCUUCGUGCGCCGCCGCCCGCGCCGCUUCACCAGCUUCGAGCAGGUCGCGCAGCUGAGCACCGUGGCCCGCGGCCUGGCAGCCUCACUGCUCUUCCUGCUCUUGGUCAAGGCCGCCCAGCAGCUGCGCUUCGUGCGCCAGUGGUCGGUGUUUGGCAAGACGCUGUGCCGGGCCCUGCCGGAGCUCCUGGGCGCAGCCUUAGGCCUGGUGGCACUCGCUGUGGCCUACGCCCAGCUGGCUGUUCUGCUGGUAUCCUCCUGCGUGGACUCACUUCAGAGUGCUGCCAGAGCACUGUUGGUGCUGUGCCCGGGGACUGGGGGCCCCGCCCUGUGCCCUGCGGAGCCCUGGCGCCUGUCCCCGCUUCUGUGCACAGGGCUCUGGGCCCUGCGGCUGUGGGGUGCCCUGAGGCUGGGGGCGGUCCUCCUGCGGUGGAGGUACCACACUCUGCGUGGGGAGCUCUACCGCCCUGCUUGGGAGCCUCAGGACUACGAGAUGGUGGAACUGCUACUGCGCAGGCUCCGCCUCUGGAUGGGCUUCAGCAAGGUCAAGGAGUUCCGCCACAAAGUUCGCUUUGAAGGGAUGGAGCCGCUGCCCUCCCGCUCAUCCAGGGGCUCCAAGUCAUCCCCGGACAUGCCCCCGCCGAGUGGGGACUCGGACGCCUCGCGCCCCUCCACCUCUUCCAGCCAGCUGGAGGGGCUGGGCAUGGGCCUGAGCCGGCUGGGGCCGCGGGGGGAGCCCGAGCCCUCCCGCCUCCAAGCCGUGUUUGAGGCCCUGCUUGCCCAGUUCGACCGACUCAACCAGGCCACGGAGGACGUCUAUCAGCUGGAGCGGCGGCUGCAGAGCCUGCACGGGCCCCGGAGCAGCCGGCCCCCGGCCUCUCUUCCCCCAGGCCCCUCCCGAGGCCUGCGCCCAGCCCUGCCCAGCCGCCUUGCCAGGGCCAGUCGAGGCAUUGGCCUGGCUACAGGCCCCAGCAGGGCUUCCCUGCAGGCCAAGAACAAGGUCCACCCCAGCAGCACUUAGCCCCAGGGGCCCUGCGCUCAUGCCCCUGCCCCACGGCGGGCCUGUGGCCUCACUCCAGCCCCUUGGAGCCGGAGACACCGCUCAGUAUUACCUUCUGCCGCCCUCACGGUCUUGGGCUGAGCAGAACAGCUGCACGCAGGUCCCCCAGAGUGGGCAGCACUUGUCUGAGUCUCUGUGGGCUUCAGCACUUUAAAGAGGCCACGUGGCCAGCCAGGGCCCAGGGUCCCCUCCCCGGCUCCCUGUGGGAGGACACAGCAGUAUUGGAACAAGUGCCCAGCCUCUGAGACACUAAUUUAUUUCCCGAGUCCUCAGGUACAGCGGGCUGUGCCCGGCCCCACCUCCUGGGCAGACAUCUCCCCCUUGCUAAGGAUCCAGGCUGCGGGGAGGGAACCUGCACUCCCGUUGUCCCCCCCUAAAUUAUUACCUCUCCUGUCCCCUGCUGAGUGCACUCUUUCCAGCUGCCGUCUGUGUGUCUAUUGUCAGUAAUUUAUAUGGGGUUAAAAUGUAUAUAUUUUUGUACGUCGCUGUAUUUUUCACCAGGGCCACGGGGCCUGGUGGCUGACACAGCCCAAUGCCCACUGUCGCCUGUAUUGAGGGGGAGCUGGCCGCCCUCCCCAGACACCAGCCCACGUGGCCCUGGGCAGGUGCUGGGAUGGGAUAGUUGCUGGAGGGCACAGCCGCCUCCCAGGCAGUUCUUAUCACCACCGUGGCCUUGUUCUCCUGCCCUGCUGGUGUCGGGUCUGGGUGAGGAACAAGACUAGUGUGUGUGGCAAAGGACCCCAGCGUGGUUAGGGGGAAAACCCCUCCUUGGGGCUGGCUCCCGGGACUGGGGAAGGUGAGCGUGAGAGCACGUGUGAGAGGCUUUCCUGAAGGGGCAAGGCGUUGACAGCCCCCUGUACCGCUUCCGUGGGCACAGCUGAAGCUACAGCCUUGUCCCGCCCCCAAGAGACGAAGUCAAAUAAAGGAGUUGGCUGAC